AUGCUGGCUGUGCGCAGCCUCGUGGCCGGGGCCGACUCGGGUCUGGAGCGAGGCCGUGAUCCAGAUGUAGACCACUGGCAUAGCAGCAUUCGAUUCCUCGUGGUGUCCUCAGCUGUGCUUGCAAACAACAUCCUGCGCGUCUACUGCAUGGUUCUGUUUGCCCAGCAUCGCAAGCUGCUUUUGGUCGGCUGGCAGCUUCCCUUCGAAAUCCUGGGGGCACUGUUGUCAGUUCACAUCACCUGGAAGGAUGCCGACAUUCAGCGGCGGCUUCGGAGUGCAUCGCUUGGCGGACGGAUCCUUUGCGGUUUUUUGGCCUUUGUGUUCCUGGGCCUCUGUCAGAUCAUUCACGUGAAAAGGGCCUGGGCUCGGCAACUUCGGAGUGGAGAGAUCUUGGACCGCUUGGACGACAGAGACUUCAUGUGGACAACGCCUGUACUCGGGGGUGAACGUGGGCAUCCAGUUGCCGUGAUCACUAACUUCUCUAUUGUUCCGGUGUGUAUGUACGCCUUCCUGACCAAGCAGUGCCUGAACGUGGAAUCGGAUGAGAGUCCUUCUUCAAUCUGGUGGUGCGAACCCAAGUCUGCUUUUGAAACGUACAUACUGGCAUUCGGAAUCCUCUCAGCCCUGGUAGUGAUCAGCAUAUGUGUAGUUGACAUUGACAUUGUGGUUUCGGCCUUCGUGGCUCGACGUUACCAUCUGGACUUCCGCCGUCGUGGCUCGCGUGUCGGCGUCCUGCAGAUCUUGUACCCUGUUGUGCACAUCAUCUACCGUAUCGCGGAGGUAGUUGCCAGGAUCUCCCUGUUGACGGCUUGCGUCCUGGUCUCCGGUUUCGAGCUACAUCUUUCAGGCUUGAUCGCUUCCUUCUCUUUGAUUGCGGUGGACUUCUUGAUAGCACUGCUCAUCCUCCGCAAGUAUUCGCCGCGAAGCGAGCGCUGGGCGAUCCAUUUCUUCGUGGCACUUGGCUUCUUGAUUGCCGACAUGGCGAAGUUUGUGGACCGGCCCGGCUUUUCUUAUCCUGCGCGACACAUCAGCCUCGCCCUCGGGAGGUGGCGGAAGCUGCAGCUUCUUCUGGUCUGCGGAACUGCCUAUGCUGUGACUCGUUGGGGCGAGAGCUUGGAGAGGAGAGAUCUGCAAACUUACCUGCGUGGCUGGGCGAUCCUCGCCACACUUGCGACGUCCGUCCUGAUCUUCGAAACCUUGCAGCUGACCCCGAUGAUCAACGCAACCGGAGAUGAUCUGCACACUGCAGUUCUAAAUCACAAAAUUUCUCGUGUGAGAAAGCUACUGGACACAGGGCUGGCUGGCGAAGCUCUGGAUGUGAAUGGACCGUCGAAGGACUCCGAGCAAGUAACGGCUGCGAUGCUGGCGGCGCAGGAGGGCUUCGUCGAGGGACUUCGAAUGAUCAUGUCUUGUGGUGGCCGCAUGGAAGUGCGCGACUCCAAGCGUGAGACUUGCAUCCACUACGCUGUGCGGCAUCUGCAGCUCGAGGCUCUGGAGUUCCUCGUGCGUCAGCCAGGUGCAUCGCAGGUGUUGCACGCCUGCCGCGAGGAGUUGCGUGCCUUGGCUGCUGCGGCUGCCGGCCUUGACCUGGUGCCCCCGGAAACGCAGACAGGUGUCCCGUCCGACCAGCCUACGUCGGGCGUCGCGUCGAACGAAGCGGGCCAAAGCCAAACGCCAUCCUUCCUUUUCCGUGCCUCCACGAAGUCUGCGCGGAGGCUCAGCCCAGAUGAGGCUCGUCGCCUAGUUCUCCUCUUGGAGCCGAACAGGGGCACGAGAAGAAAUGCCGACGAACACGAGGUCUUCGGCACGAUGCGGAAUGUGAGGACCCACUUGGCUAUGAGCCGACAUCUGUUGAGACUCUUCCCAAAGGCUUUGGAAGAGGAUGUGCCCCAACUUCACGAGCUCCACUCCGUAAGCGCACUGGUUUUUGGCCACGGUGCAGGCGCCUUUGCUCGGGCAUUCCUGCGUGUAGCACCGGUGGCCGGUUGGCUUUCGUCUCUGCGGAAGGUGCGGGAGCUCGGCCAAGGGGCCUCGGGCACAGUGAUUGAGGUGGAGCUCGACGACGGCGCAGCCUCCUCCAUCGCAGCCUCUCCGAGCAAUCCGGGCAUGGGAAGAUCAGGCUUUCUGCGGUCAAGAAUGUCCCUGACUGGGAGAUCUCGGAGUCAGAGCGAUCAUCAGCAGUUCCUGGAGCCCCCACGCUUUGCGAUGAAGCUCCAGUCGAAGCGCAACCUCGAUUGGCAGGCCUACUCAGAGGUGGUGGCCCUGAGGAGGGCGGGGCACCCCUUCAUCGUGCGACUAGAGCAGGCCUUCCAGACGCCUCACUACUAUGCCUUGCUGCUGGAACUUUGUCCGAAGGGAGACCUCAACCUGCUCUUGUGUAAUACGCAUGAGAGUGGGAGCGAGCGUCGCAUGGGCUUGCCGGUGAGUCGUGCUGCUAGGUACGCCGGACAAGUGCUGCUGGCCCUGGUCCACCUCCACGAGGUGCUGGGAAUCAUCUACCGAGAUGUCAAGCCGGAAAACAUCCUCCUCUCCACUCAGGACGAGGCCAAGCUGGCGGACUUCGGGCUCGCCCUUUACGUAGGGGGCAAUUUCUUCAGCGCCAACUACUCCAUGCCCAUUGCAGGCACCCCAAGGUUUCUUGCUCCUGAGCUGGUCCUCGGGGAGGAGUCCGACAGCGAGAUGUCCACCAUUGAGCAGGGCGCCAUGAGAGAUGUGCGCUUCGAUCCCUUCAAGACAGAUGCGUACAGCUUUGGCGUGACACUCUACGUGAUGUUGCUGGGCGAGGACUGCGCCGAUUUGGAGCAAGGGGAUGGAGACACCUUGUGGAUCUUGCCGAGGAGGCUGCCCGAUGCGGAGCAGACGGAGUUCCUGGAAUCUUGCUGCCGCAGCGGCCGACUUCUCCCUGAGGCGAAGGACCUCUUGGAGCGGCUUCUCCCAUCCAGGCCUCAGAUGCGAAGGCGUCUGGCCGAUGCAGAGAUUCAGAAUCACAACUUCUUCCUUGUGGCACUUGGCUGCAAGGCACUCCCGGCACGCUCCAUUCUCGAGUCAGUGCUGAGUGCUGAAGUAGAAGCGAUCUAUCGGCGACGCAAUCCACACAAGCUGAGCAACGUCGAGGCAUUGCUAGAAAAGUACAAAGACAAAGAGGCGGUGCUGUAUGCCAAAGUGUGCAAGGCCUACGACCUCGACCCGAGCAAGUUUUAUGCGGAUGCAAAGGCAUGGGAGCGGUACGAAACAGAUGUGCAGGAGGAGUUUGAGGAGCGCCCUGGGGAGGCGGAGAAGCCUGCAGAGCGUCCAGCUGACGAGCCGGCUCCAGGUGGUUCCCACGCUUCGGGAACAGGUGCUGCAGCUCCUCCAGCCCCGGCGGCAGGAACUGGGGUUGUCGUGCCAAGCUUGUUUGGCGUAACAUCCUUUGACAAGUCGCAGCGUGCGCCUGAUCCUGGUCUUGCGAAAGACGACUCCUCGGAGGAUGGCGAGAAGCCCAAGGCCACGAAGAGCAUCACCACGGCCAACACUGAGUCUGCAGAGUGCAAGAUGCAGUGA